AUGCUAAUUAUUUUAAUUAAUGCAUUUGAUUUUCAUACUUGUAGUUCAUCUUUUCCUACUCUCUCAUUUUCUUUCGCACUCAUCUCCAUGGCCAAGAAAGACAAGAAAAGCAAAGAGGCCAAGAAGGCCCGUGCGGCAGAAAAACAAAAGAAAAACGCCUCCAAGGCCGAAGGCAAACAGAAAAAGUUGGCCAAGAAGCUCGGCGAUGACGAAGACGACCAGGAUAUCGACGCCAUCUUGGCCCAGUAUGCCAAAGAACAAGAAGAGCUCAUGGCGGUUCUGAUUGACGUGUGUGAAAGACCGUCGAAACGGCUCAAUCCGGCAAUGGUGGCCAGCCCGCUCCAGGGAAAGCGAGAGUUGAUUCUUUUCGGCGGAGAAGCCACCGAAGACUCCAAGUCUCGUUUCUACAACGACUUGUACACCUACACGAUCGAAAACAACACCUGGCGCAAAAUCACGUCGAAAAACGCCCCCUUGCCACGGUCGUCCCAUGCCAUGUGUGCCCAUCCAUCAGGCGUGGUGUUGAUGUUUGGCGGCGAGUUUUCGUCGCCCAAACAGGCCACCUUCUACCACUAUGGAGAUACGUGGAUUCUUGACGCGGAAACCAAAGAGUGGGACAAGGUGGAGCAGAAAAAGGGGCCCUCGGCUCGUUCCGGCCACCGCAUGUGUGUGUGGAAAAACUACAUCGUGUUGCACGGCGGUUUCCGGGACUUGGGUGCCUCCACCACUUACUUAAGCGACAUGUGGCUCUUUGACAUCUCCACGUACAAGUGGACACAGGCGGAGUUCCCGCCGGCACACUCGAUUCCCGACGCCCGGUCGGGCCACUCUCUUAUUCCGCAUCCAGAAGGCGCUGUGAUCUACGGUGGAUACACCAAAACGAAAAUGAAGAAAGGAAUACAGAAGGGCAAAGUGUUGACCGACACGUGGUUGGUCAAGAUGAAGGCCGACCCGAAGGGCAUCCGGUUCGAGCGCCGGCGGAAGCAGGGGUUCCAGCCUUCGCCUCGAGUCGGUUGCUCGAUGGUUUUCCACAAGAACAGAGGCAUUUCCUUUGGAGGUGUGUACGACUACGACGAGAGCGAGGAGAAGCUCGAGUCGCAGUUCUACAACACGCUCAUGACGUACCAGACGGAAACAAACCGGUGGUACAAUCUCACGUUGAAGCCACGCAAGAAGAGAAAGCAGGAGACAGUGAAGGAGAAAACGCGAGACGAAGACUUGGAGGACAUUUUGAACUCGAUUUUGGCCAAGGCGAAGUUGAACGACGACACGGAAGAGGCCGACGAAGUGAGCCAGAUCGAGCGGUUGCGCCAGCUCGAAGAGAAGGAAGAACAGGAAGAAAACAAGGCCGACUUCCCCGUGGUCAACCAGUUGCCGCAUCCUCGGUUCAAUGCCACAACUUGUGUGGUGGACGAUACACUCUACAUAUUCGGCGGCAUUUUCGAGCGGGGCGAGCACGAGUUCACGUUGGACUCCAUGUAUGCAAUCGACUUGAACAAGGUGGACGGCGUCAAGGUUUUGUGGGAAGAUUUGUCUGUGUUGGACGAGGAGAUUGUGGACUCGGACGAAGAUGAGGAAGAUGAUGAAGAUGAAGACGAUUCGGACGAGGAAGAAGAGGUUGAGCCAGAAGAGGAAGCAGAAGAGGAAGAGGAAGAAGAAGAGGAAGAAGAGGAGGAAGACGAGGUGCCGGACCCAAGACCUUGGCUUCCACAUCCAAAACCAUUCGAGACAUUGCGUUCGUUCUACAUCCGGACAGGCCCGCAGUUCUUGGAGUGGUCCAUUUCGAGCAACAGAGACGCCCGUGGAAAAUACUUGAAGAAGGCGGCGUUCGAUUUGUGUGAGGACAGGUUCUGGGAGAGAAGAGACGUUUUGCGGGUCACAGAGGAAGAGCUUGAAGAGUCGGGAGGAGUGGGCGAAGUGGUGGAGAAGGAUACUUCAAAGACAACAAAGAGAAGAUAG